UCCCAACUGAAACGAUGGUCGACCUUGUACGGAAAACGAAGAUUGACGUGGUAUGUAAGCGUUCUGAUGUCGUGGACAUUGACAUGUGUAGCUGAUGCGGCUUAAUUGGGCCUCUCGCGCACUCUGCAAAUUCGCCCGAUUCUCCCGGUGGCAUCAAUCCUCCCGGCAGGGCUGUCGAAGAGAUCAAUACCUACAUUAUGCGAGCCAAUUAAACGCUACACACCUGCGCGGCAACUUCCUCUCGAACUGCUACUCCACACUCUGGGGUAUAUCCAUCAGCCUGCACACCUUGCACGAUUAGCAACGGUAUGCCAACAAUGGGUCGCAACCGUGCGAAGCGUUCUCUAUCACUCUGUCGUUAUAGAGACCAAAACAGACAAGAGGCAGGAGCUACUGUACACCGAACUCGGCGAAAAGGACUAUCUGCGUCAACACGUUCGACACAUGUGUAUCCAUCUGUCGCGCGCGGCCGAGCUCUCCCACAACUGCCUGGCCUGGAUCUACCAACUUCCCGACGAACAAGUACGGAACGUGACGAUCAUUGCCCUGUCAUCACCGGCAGACUUUACCGCCCUUCGCAAGUUGUUGGUUGGGUCUGCUCUUCGGACAUCGCUUUACUUCCUGAACACAGGGUUAAACACCUUGUCCGCAAACGACGCGGACGCCACGAUCAUCGAAUUCUCCGUGUUGCAACGCUUGAUUUCAUGGCUUCCGGAAAACCGUCUACAAAAGCGCUGGCCGCCUCUCAUCUUUCCUCUUCUCCGGGAAUUAAUUAUCACGUGCCCGGAAUACAGCCAAAGUAUCCCAAUGAUCAUCGAGUCAGCGUGCACCCGACUUAAACAUCUCCGCAUAGACCUGAAACCCGGUACCACCGUCAUCAGCAAUGAGGAGCAGACCCAGUUGACGAAGUCACUCGGGCGCCUAACAGAUCUGCGGUAUCUUACGCUUAUGCUCGAGCUGGACGAUUAUGCGCCCGUUCUGGAUGCCGUGUUACCGCCGGGACAUACACCCACGAGCUAUUCACUCUUCUACCACCAGAGCUGAAAUCGCUCUGUCAGAUACGAUCACCUGCGUCAAAAGUGCCGAUCGAGUCGGAGUUUCUUUGCGCCCUCGAAGAAGUGAUUGGUCGAGUCGUCCGCGGAGAACACUCCCUGCGGUCCAUUCACACGUAUCUAGGCACCCAAGAAGAAAUAUAUGAGACACGAUGCUAGAGGGCGGCCCACAUCGAACUAGUAUCAAGCUGAAUUUUUUUCUCUUCUAGUGGGUUGCUUUACUCUCCCCAUGAAGACUGAUUACCACCUGCCAUAGGGUAGUAUGUUGUAUUGUCAUUUUGAAUAAACAGCAAGCACCUUCUGCGUUUGACGGACGUGAAGGACAUGGAUACAACUGGACAAUGAUUAUUAUCAAUAAUUAAUCCCACUGUUCGUUCAUGCUUUGUCUGCUCGUUCGCAAGCCCCUGUCGGAUGCAUUCUGAUGUCACUGGACGUUCUGCACCUGGGCUGGGGUCGCACAACACCUUACAAUUACAGACAUCCGUGGACUUCCUUGUCGCCGCGCUGCUAAUGUCCCAGUUGUGGAUGGUGGGCGGCCCUCGGGUUGAGUGCCACAUAGAGUCGCACUGGAACAUUUCCCACGUCAUCUCAACAACCCUCGCUCCUUACUGGCAUAUUUUGAAGCGAUUUGGUUGGGUGUUCGCGGGUGCCUGGCCGAAAUGGGCAGGGAGUGUCGCGCGGGCGAACGCUCGUACUGCGCGCCGAGGUCGAGGGAGGUUGUGGGUGCGUGCGAAUGGACCAGGGCCGGGCAGGGCGCAAUUCGCAGGACGAAUAGCUUGAUACGAAUGAGCAUGCGCGGUGAACGGGAAUCAACACCAUCGGCAUGGGGUGCAAGGCCGUCCGCAACGUGACGCUGAGCGGCGGCACGUACGGGGCAAAGGUGCACAUUAAUGUCUAGGCGGUGCAGCACGAUGCCCUAGUCUCCUCCGAACUGUACGCGUUUCAGUCCUGGAGGUGCGCGAGCGGAUUGAUGCGGGCGAGUCGAGCGAGUUCCUGUCUGGGAGGCGGGAGCCAAGCAUGUGCCGGGAGGUACCCUGCGAGUGGGAAGAUGAAUACGAUGCUUCCUGGUGUUUGCUCGCCGUAUGAGGUGCGGUUAGAAGGGCUGGAAGAGGGCGGAGGUGGUUCGGCAACGCGGAGUGCUGAGGAACGUGUCCGACCCGAGGGAGUAGGCGGCGGGCGCUGGGCUGUACUGUUGGCUGGAUGAGCGGACAAUGCAGGCUGUUGUCCGAGUUAUACGAGGAGAUUGCUGGCGGGUUUGGAGGCGGUUAUGGCGAGCGCUCGCGGGUGCUGGGCAUGUGCGAGUUCUGCGUCUGGGACUUUUCCCAUACCAUCUCACCCCACUCUGCUUGCCACUGGCAUAUUUUGAGGCGGUUUGGGCGGGCACUAGCGGGUGCUCAGCGGUUCUAAGUCGGGGUCGCGGAUGGACGACGCGCUGUCGACAAGAGGCAUUUUGAUUUAAGCAAACUUCGAGGUGAUAUGGACCGUUGAUGUUGGCGCAGGGGAAGCGGCGGAUGGGCGACGCAUGUGCGGCUGGCACUUUGCACAGAGCCUCCCACACCCCUUGGCUCCCUUCUGGCAGGGUUUGAGGCGGUUUGAUCGCAGGUGCCCAGUCGAAAUGGGCCGGCGGUGGCGGGCGACGACUCGACAUUCUUCAACAGACUAAAAGCGGUUAGACACCCCGUUUCCGUCUUACGUCUCCCAACCGGUCAUCUAAGGGCGGAUCUUGAUGGGCGAGCGUGACCACAAGGCGUCGGCGCCGUACCAGCUAGUGAGCAAAGUGAUCUUGAUGUUGGCAAGGCGGGAGGGCUAUAACACUGCGCACACCAUCCCACACUCCAUGGCUCGCUCCUGGUAUAUUUUGAGGUAAAUUGAGUGGACGCUCGCUGGUGCCAGGGGGACGCAAGUGGUGGACGUCGGGCGGAGGCCCUGUCGACCCUUACGAAGCAACUUACGCCAUGAACGCAUAUCCCCUCGGGAUUCCCUUCUGUGAUCCAGCGCGGUCCAGCUUUGUGAGAAUGUCGAGCGAUGUGGCAGAUAU